AUGAUGGAAUUCCUAUUUGGUCGUAAGCCCACUAAGAAACCGGUUCCAGGAGACCGGGUGGUGCCAUUGCACUUCUUCGAGAACAGCCUGUUGGUGCAGGGGAACAACAUGGCCGUGUCCCUCGUAUUCGAAGCGGUGCUUGAUCCACAGAAGCUGCGGGACUCACUCGAAGGAUUGUUCCGAUUGAACAAAGGGUCCUCCGGCCAAAUCGAAUGGCAUAUCCCAACCCAGUUCACGGCCGAGCGACCAGCAAUCUCCUUCGCACACGUUGACCAUGGCAUAUCCGCUACCGAGCAUCCAGCAGCUUCCAAGAUACCGAAACCUGAUACCCGUCCAGCUGUCGUAGGCGAUCCGGACGAUUUGGAAAGUCUUACGUGGGAGUCCGGAUACAAACCCGGAGGAAUCAGCGACUAUGUCGACUCCGAUCUGCCUGUAUUGGGACUGCGCGUGAAUUCCUUCACCGAUAAAACCAUUGUAGUGUUACAAUGGCAACAUGUUGCUUUUGACGCUCUUGGUCUGCAGUAUGUUGUUGAAGGAUGGAGCUCGAUGCUUUGGAACAAGGAAUCUGAGAUUCCGACACCGUGUGAUUUCAAUAAGGAUCCGUUCCAUUCAUUUGCGGACGGUACAAAACCCGCAACUGAGAAUCAUAUUCUCGCGGACAACAGGGUUGGACUCGGUGGGAUGCUGAAGUGGGGGUUGGGGUACGGGGUCGACAUGUUGGUCCGAGCCAAAGACAAUCGUAUGGUCUGUGUUCCGGAGUCAUACUGGGGCCCACAGUUGGAGAAAGCCCUGGGAGAGCUCCGAGACGAGGCGAUCGAGAAGGGCGAGGAUCCUUCGAAGGUGUUUUUGACAGAGAAUGAUGUUCUAACAGCCUGGAUUUUGCGUUGCGUCGUUGCUGAGAUGGAGAUGGACUCCAGCCGAACGGUUGCUGCAUCAAUUGCCAUGUCUCUUCGGAAGGCCUUCGAGGGCGACCUCAUCCCAUCAUCGGCUGAACACCCUUAUAUUGGCAAUGCCUUUGGCUGGGCAAACGUACUAGUAAGCGCAGGCGAUGUCGCCACCAAGUCGCUCAGUUGGCUUGCCAGACAGGUCCGAUGUGCGAUAAAUGAGCAAGGCACGCGUGCACAGCAUGAGGCAUACUACGCCAUGGUUCGCGAAUCUGGUAUGGGUCUGCCAAUUGUCGUACUCGGAGAUGGUGGUAUGGCUCAGGUUGGGUUCUCAAAUUGGACUCGGGCAGGCCUUUUCGAUCUGGACUUUUCACCCGCCGUCAAGGAUGCAGGGGAUUUCGAUCUACUUCCUUGCACGCCUUCGUAUGUACAAGAGAAUCAUGGCCCAGUGAAACCUGCGGACGGUUUCUUCGUUUUUGGAAAGGACCAAAAGGGAAAUUACUGGACCUCGGCUUGUAAGGUGAAGGGCCAUUGGGAUAAGAUUGAGGAGCAGUUGAAGAAGGACUUUGAAGUAAUAUCUUAA